CAAACGAGCAAAGCGCAAGGAUGGAUCCUUAUGAUGCUAGUAUUGGGGUGAAAUGGACGAAAUGGUGUUUGCCCAAUCGUCGCCCCUACCAUAUUCAUGGUCGUCAUUGCGCUACUAAUGCUCUUCUCUACAAAAUUAUUAAGAUGAUAGAAGAAAAGCAUGGACCGUCUGCAGUUCCAGAACUGAUGUUUUCUACAGGAAAAUCUUUCCAUUGGAAUGAGGUUGAAACGUGAAUUAACAGAAAAGGAUGCUAAGUUUCAAAAUAGGCAAAUUAUUCUAAACAAGUGCCAAGAUUUUCUCCAAACACUUGUUAAGUAAAGAGUUUAUGAUUUGCCUAUUAAAAUUAAAGACUGGUCUUCACAACAAGGGAAAAUGGUUUUUCAAUAGGUGUUUAAAUGAGGAGCAAAGUAAAAUACAUAUCAAGAAAACCUAUCACUGCCAAGAAUUCAGAUGUCUCAUUGUAUUUGUCUGAAACAUUUUCUAUGCAAUCUAAAUAUUUAAUAAUUUUUCUCAGCAGUAAAAUGUACAGUCU